AGGGUAAUCUUGUGAGGUGAGCACUAGAGCGAUUGUAAUGAGAGAUGUGUUCAACCGAAGCAUCUUCCAUAACCUGUAAGGUUUUGGAAAAACUCAUAGAAGAUGAAGACGCUCUAGGUGUAGCUACGCACUCUCCAAAUGUAUGUGUUACCUGCAUGAGAAAGCUCUUACUAGAGCAGUUUGGUGGUAAAGAACUUCUCUUUCCUAAUGAGCCUCCUCCAUGGUACAAGCCUCCAGAGGCAUCUGUUCAAGAAAGUCCGACUUCUACUAAAGAUCAGGAAAAAGAAUCGAGCCGAAAGUUGAAGAAGAGAGGUAAACAGGACACCAAAAUGGUUAUUCCAAAGGAGGAGAUAGAUGAUUACCUAUUGAAACUCUCAAUCGGAAUAUCAGAUGGAAAACUGAGAUAUGAAAUAAUGAAGCAUAAAAAAGUGUCAAAGGACGCUGCACAAAAGCUGAUGAUCGAGAUACGUCGACGUGCGAAAAAAGAACGAUUGGAAAUGCCAGAUGAGGACCACAAAGGAAAAAGCGAAGUUGUCAAUCCUCGUGAAAAUUUACCAUGGUGUCCGAGUACGAAGGACCUCUUUCCCCGUGGUCUCUUGUCGAAGCUCAGUCAGGAAGAACAGCAAAGAUUUCUGGCAAUUUGUCAGAGCAUCAUGAAUACUGGCGAAAUCAGGUUUGUAAACAAUCUGAAGGAGUUAACGCACUUCCAAAAAGAAGCACAGGAGGAGCGAGAUAAUAUCGAGAAUCUCGUAAUUGAAACCAUUGAAAACAGUCUAGAAGGGGAUGCUGCGUCUGCGCAUUCGCAUCCGUUACAAUACAAUCAUCAAAUGGCUUCUGAAUUCAUCUUGAAACGCUGGGAAAAGAGAUGGCAUAAUGACAAAUUCAAAACCCAGUUUGCAUCAUCAACUCCACAGUGUUCGAUUGAUUGGAAUAUUCGUGAUAUUCGAGCUGAUCCAGAGAUCCGACCAAUUCUUACUGCAACUCUGCUGAAAGGACGAAUCGAUAGAAUUCAGCUUCCAAGCUUACGUAAUCGAUGCUCACUGGAUACUUCCAAACUUUACACGCUCUAUCCACCAGAAGAAUGCGACGCGAAUCAAAUUUUUGACGAUCUCGAGACUGUUACGUCACUCUGUUUGGAAAAUGAUGUUCGAAUUGCUAUGGAUGCCACGACUGCAUGCCAUUUGAUGAGCGAUCCUUUUGCUGGACAUGAUUACACUUAUGUCGUUCCCAUUCGCGUCGUUGAGAAAAUGGUUCAGGGCACGAUGACCAAUAUUGCCGUUAUGGGUAAGCCUCGCAUCUUGGAGACGGUCGAUCGUACAACAGUACAGAGACAGUUUGCCAAGUACUUACUCAAAAGCAACUAUAUUCAAAAGAAAGCUGAAGUACCCCCCGUGCCAGCCACAAAUGAGCCUGUUGCAAAGGAUAGCACUCCUCUCGAGAACAAGAAGAGCGAUUUUUGUGAUCCUCUUGAUUCCAUACUUCCAUCGCUAGAUGCUCCAUUGAACCAUCUGGAGCCAGUAGUGGCUAAUCAUUCUGAAAACGGCAAAUCCUAUGCUAUAUUCUCCAUCACUGGAACAAAUAUUUUGGUACGAUCUCGUCCCGCUCCACUAUGCUCAGAGGGACAUCAGAGCAUGAAAGGGGCGACCUUGUCUCUCCAGCCUAGAAUGGAGUACGUUCCCAAUGCGGGAGCAAUGAGACUUUCUGAAGCAGAAGCCGUAUGGAACUACUCCAAGGGAAUUUUCAAGCAGUCGGCUAACCACGGCCUCUUUCGUACACAUUUUAUGGGCAAGUAUCUGCUUCAGCUGCAGCAUUGGAAUGCUCAAAAUGUAACAGUAGCCACAGGAAGUGAGCAGUUAUGGACUGGGCCGACCACUAGACUUGAAGCAAAGCGAAUGAUCGCGGCCUAUACACUUCGUUUUGCCAAAGUGCUACAGGAAAUCGGGCAUCUCCCCCAUGGCGAUUUUAUGCUACUGAACAGAAAUGACGGCUUCAUCAAAAUUGUGCCCGAGGCAACUGCAGAAACGGCAGACAUCAACUAUGACGAUGUUACUUUGUCGGUCAACGACGUUAUUCUUCACAUUCGCAAUGCUUUUGCAGGACUAGAAUCAAUGAUCCCCUUACAGUGGCAGAUCAUGCAGAAAAGAGCUCCAGGAUGUUACGUAGCAAAGGACAGUAAUUUGAAGAAACGAGCAAUGAUGGAGGAACAUACACCAUCGCGAAAGCCUGUUAACAUGAAAUUGACGCACAAUCAAAGGCGGAAUAGAAAACGCAAGAAGAUGAAAUGGCAAAAUGCUCGUGGUAGAAGUGUGCAAGAACCUACAGUGGAGAUGGACAGCGAACCAGUCUACUGUCCAUUCGGAAGCCCUACGAAUGCAAGCUCACCUGCUUGUAGUGAGCCCUCCCUAUCGUCGUGCCCUUCACCCGAGUUGGUCAUCGAUGUUCCGGAGGAACAUGAAGAGUGAGACAGAUCUCAAGCUUCUCGCGGGGAAUACCACAAUCUAUUGUUAUUUUGUGAAACAAUUAUGGAUGUUUAUUUUUUCCGUUGCUUAGAUAUAUUUUUUUGCAGACAUAUCAUAUGGGUUACCGUUCC